GGCAGCGCGGCCCCGGCACGGCCCCAGCGGCGGCGCCCCGCGGGCAGCGCUCACCCCGGCGCCGAGGUCGUGGCCGCGCGAGGAGCGGCUGGUGGAGCGCCGCCAGCUCGCCGCAGCCGAGCGCCCGGACCCGCUGCGCCUCGCGUCGGACCCGUGGCCGGGCGGCGGCCGUGCCUGGCCCUGGAGCAGCCGUCGGAGACCCGGAGCAGUGCCCAGCCCGCAGGUCGAGGCUCCGGCGCCAGGAUGACAACUGGGAAAGGAAGGUGGUGGUGGGAAAGGUCACGCGCCCCCUUCGUAAGCCGUGGGCCCUGGGCGCUCGGCCUCCCAGGCUGGCCCCCUGCAGUGUGGGCCAGGAGGGGCUUGGGAGCAGAAAUACUCUCGGCUGGCCCAGGGACUGGGUGUCUAAACUCUGCUGGGAACCUUUCAGCCAGGACCGCUUACAGAGCUGGGCUUGGGAACCCUUCAGCAUGGGCAGGAUGCUGAGAGCACAACCCCUCUUCACCCCCCCCCCCCAUCCCCAGUUGGCCAGAUUUUCAGCCAGCUAAUUUUAACCUAACUUUUUUUCAGAGGAGCAAUGCACAGCAGCACAAUAUCUGGCCCAUAUGUAAGGGGGCCUUACCCAAAGGCUUGAAAUCAGCUUCAGCAUCCAAGUGGUUUUCCAAAACUGACAUUGAAUUGAGAUGGAGGCUAAUCCAUUAUGCUUCCAAAAUUCAGCAGCUCUUUGGGAUCUAGAGCUAUGCUUUGAGCAGUCCUGAGGCCUGCUUCACUGCUUUCACUGAGGUUCCUUUUCCAAUUUUUGUUUCCUUGGUUGUGGCUUUUUAUAAAACAUCAAGUAUUGUCGUGGAGGGUUUCUCUGAAUAGCAGAAAUCGAUGGUUCUCUCUGAGCAGCCGCUUUGCCUGCCCUGCCCCAUACCUGUGCAACAGUUCCCUCCCUUCCCCUGCUGGGCCAUGGCUGCUGCCGUGGCACUCGGCUUUCAAAUUUGUCAUCUCUGGGCCUGGGUGUCCCCUACCGCUGAGCUCCACUGUAGUCAGUGGUGGAAUCCAGGUGCUGUCUGGUUUGGUGGUCAGUGAAGGACGCUUUCCCAUUCAGCCACAAGGAACCCGUGUCUCAGUGUGAUGGUAGGUGGCACCAGGCCAGAAGUGCUAUCUACUUUCACGUUUCUCUAGAAACUCACGGGAGUUUGACAUGUUCCACAAGUCUCCCAGGCACUUCGAAAUCUCCCGGCAGCUCCUGCUUCACAAAGUUGUUCACUGGGAAUUGUGAGACAGGGUCUGCGUGUGUGGUGAGAGGUCUGCAUGCUCGGGGAGAUGCAGGACAAGUGCUGUGCACGUCGAGAUGGCUAGUCAGGCUGCUGACAGGCCACGGGGAGGCCUGGAGCUGUUUGCCUGGUGUAAUUUCUCUGCUUCAGUUGUUAGUGACAGAUGUUAAUCAUGCUGCUUAACGCAGUUACGGACAGCAGUAAGGCAUCGCAGCAAUGGGAACUGCGCAAUAACCUUGCCCAGAAUAGAACAGUAGAGCUGAACGAUGGCUCAUUUCUCUUUGCAAGCACAUCUUUUUCUAUUCAGAGCUCAUUAACCCCUGUGUCCUGGUUGCAUUCCAGUUCAGAGAUGUAGCGUCUGCUAAAGUACAGAGAAAUUAUCAGAGGAGUGCUACUGUAGUUCUUGGGAUCUGUAUUACUCUGCUCCAGAGGUAGCUGUGUUUUCACUGAAGCAAUUGCUGAACUAAGGCUAUAUACAGUGAUUUUUAUAAACAAAGUUGUGCAGAUACUUCCCAUAGGAUCAUCCCAUGGUGUUUUGCAACUCCUGAUCAUUUCCACAAUAGAAGCAUGAAAACAAUUAAAGCCUUUCAUGUUUUCAGCAUGAAUAGAUCUGUCAAAUUUCACAACUGCAAUCCAAAAUGGGACCCAUUUUAAAAUUAAUACCAAUAAUUAGCGGUGCAUGACUAAGCCUGAGUGGGUGCUUUCACGGGGAACUUGAGAAAUACCAUCUUUAGCAGCAGAUGGGGGACCAGUGCAACCCGCUGCUUUAAGGAAGCUGCCUUCCAGAGUGCGUGGGCUGAGGGACAGUGGGUGGAUGGACAGGGCAGUGACUUGCCAGUCAGCAGUGACUGCUUUGGAGGGCAGUCCUGCUUCGGAUUCAAUAGAAAAACACCUCGAAUUAUGGAUGCCUCAGAGGUGAUUGCUGUUUUGCUGGAUCUGUUCUCACUGGUAAACUUGAGGGGAUCUCUGUAACUUUCUGUAAAUUGAAAGCAAGAGACAGAAGAGAAGCAGGAAGAUGCUAUUUUUCUGGUAUGGAUGGAGGCCACCUGGCUCAGCCUGGAGCAGACAAAGGCAGGGGCUCUGAGGCUGGCCCCACACAGAUCUGCCAAGUGCCUGCAAGGAGCUGAGCUGAAGUAGUGAGGGGAGGGCAAAUCACUGACUUCAGCCGAAUCAGGCAGGACUUUGGAGGCUCUUUUGGGGGAAAAAUGGUUUGUUUAUUGAUUUUUUUUUUUCCUUAUUUUGAGUGGGCAUCUCUGAGCUGCUCUCAAAAAUUGUGCUAGUUAAUUGGGAGGCUUUGGGAAAGGUGUCUGUCUCUAUUUGCACUAUGUGUCUGCUCUCUUCCUUUCCAAGGCAGAAACCAGUGUGGUUCCAUGAAGAAAAGCCAUCAGCGAUGAUGCUACAAGAUAGGUCUCACAUGAGGGUCCUUGAAAUGAGGGGCAGCUCUCCACUACUGUAGCUGGAACCUGUCUCUUGAGUGGCUGGAGACAACAGCUUGGUAAAAGAAGCUACCAGGAGCUGGCAGGAUGAGUUACAGCUCACCCUCUGUACAUGACUUGUAUCACAGCCCCACCGCAACGGCCAAGCCAGACCCAGGAACAACUCUGGAUGUGACUGUACCAGAAACAGCUACCGUAAGCCCUGAGACUACUAGUUUCAACAGCACCAAAAUCCCAGAUGUGGCCAGCAGUGGACCCAGCAUGAGCACAAUGCUGCUGUCCUUUGGGAUCAUUACUGUGAUUGGGUUGGCUGUAGCUAUGGUUCUGUAUAUCAGGAAGAGGAAGAGGUUGGAAAAGCUACGGCACCAGCUCAUGCCAAUGUACAACUUUGAUCCCACCGAAGAGCAGGAUGAACUGGAGCAGGAGCUGCUUGAACAUGGGCGAGAUGCAGCAUCUUCCCAGGCAUCACAGAGCAAGAUUCUGCUGACGAAUCAAGGAGCCCUCCAAAGACCCAGCCGUCUUGUGUUCACAGACGUUGCCAAUGCCAUCAAUGCAUGAACAAUACCUGCCCCUGCUCUGGGAUUGUGCCGAGACUGGGGAGGAUGGAGCCAACAAACCAUUGACUUCUCACGAGCAUGGCUGAGUCCCGGAGCCCAGCUGGUCACUCUGCUGGUUUGUGGUACAGAUGGGCACAAACACUGGGAACAGUCGUCACUUUGGGAAGAAAACCCUUUGUGAUGGCAGUAGCAUUUUUUGAUGUGUCCGUUACUACUAAAGGGUUCUGAGCUGCCAUGCUCUGGGUUCUGGGCUGGUGCUGACAGACACCAUCUACCAGGCCGCAUGCUUAGGAACAGUGGCCACUUUGUUGUAGUGUAACUUAUCGGAGCACACGUGUGAGCGCUCUGGGUCAGGGAGAGAGGAGAGGUGCAUGUUUCACACAGCUUCCCUGUUGGCUUUGUGCCACCAGAUCCCCGGGAAAGUGAUGAAUGAGCCUCCCUGUGCAGCUUUGGCAGACCCUGGAGGGCUGACCGGUGGCAAAGCCUCUUUGAGCUGGGAAAGCUGACUCUCCUAGCUGAGUGGUAAUCUGGGGCACACAAGGGAAAACACAUACCAUGGGCUUAUCCCAUUGUGGCAUGUGUGAUGCUGAUAAAUGUGAGCCUGGGCUGAUGUUGCAGCAUGGGGAAUUCACUAGCUCUAAAAAGUGAAAUGGUGAACAUUUGGCUGAUAACUUCUUAACUGAGGAGAUGAUCUGUGAAUAUCCCAAAUCAGGGCUGCCAUAUGUAGAGAGGGGAUUUCACACAGCUAGAGGCAGGGGCUGUCACAUCUAGCUACAUGACUCCCUGCCACUGACCUGGGAACGCCAGUGCCUGAGCCAGAGAGAGGAAUUGAACACUGAAGAAAACUGGGGCCCUGAUACCACGUAUCCCCGGGGCUUCAGCUCAGGGAAGUUUUUACAGUGCAGAGAGAAGAUUAAGCCUUGAUUUUUCUUCUUUUGAAUGAGGAUUAACAGGUAUUGGCUCCACAUUACAACAGGUGUGCCUAGAGGUGGCCGAACAUCUGGUUGCUUCCUUACCUGCUAGGACCUGCAGUCAGUCUUCUCCCUGCUGAAGGAAACAGAGUUUUGUGUUAGCCUUUGCUCGUGUUACCUGCUAGUGCAGAAGGUGGGUCUGGGCAGGUAAGACAGCAGUUCCCCUGUAACCCUGAAGCACCCCGCUGCCUGCAUGUCCUUCAGGGCUGCAGGAGAGAGAGUGUGAAGGGGUCUCUGGCCACCUUGGCAUGCUGCAGUGCAGCAUGAGGGCUGUCCUCCUCAGAGCCUCUGGUGGCCACCAGCCUAGAGUGCUGCUGGCCAGCACAGUGGCCAGGGGCUGGCAGCAGGGUCCAGGCUGGGCUCUCACACUGCAAACAAAGAGCAUGGCAGAAAGGACAAGAGGAGGGUCCAGUACAACCAGAGCACCAGGCACGUGCCCCAUCCUCCCUGCCCAGUUGCUCAGUCUCGAAACUGCAGGGAAAAUCAAAAGAAGGGAUGUGCGUCUGUCCACCCCGUUCGGACAUCGUGAUCUGGGGGAAGGGGUGCUCCUUUUUGCUGCCAGAGAUUGACCCUCACUCCUGGUUGGGUGGUGGCUUUAGAUCCCUGGAGGUGAACGCACAAAUCAAACUGUCUCACUGCUGUGUUAGUGGUGCACAAGCAUCAGUCCCCGGCCAUAUACUACUCGCCUACUGAUUUUUCUGCAGCACAUGCGUUUGUCAGAUCCUAUUCCAUCCACAGCACCAGUUAAAAGGGAAUCAGGGCCAGUCAAAAUUUGAAUGCAGAUCUAAAGGUGAGCUUUAUGCAAGGAGGUGUUUCACUGAGUGGCAAUUCAGGUAUCAUGUGCUUUGUUGCAAGUUUGGGCCUGCUAGCUAGUUUUUGUUCUCCCAGAUCCUGUUUUUUUGCUUCCCACUGUGAUUUUCUUUUGCUAUUCACAGAUGCAAACACUUUCCUGUGCACAUGCCACUGACCCCUGCCGCAGUGAACAGUUUCUCACCAGCUCUACCUUCUUCACUACACAGCUUCCCUCAUAGCAUUUUUGCAGGACUGAGUUGCUUUAUUUUUUCAGUAUCCCCCUUCCUUUUUAAAACCAAAGAGUUCUGAAAGUGUAGUAAGUCUAGGAGUGUCAGCACGUGUAGAAAAUGGCCCAUCCUUUAUAACUGGUAGAUAUGGCAGGAGGCAUUCCCAGCUUGCCAAGGUUUGCGCGCCAGGGAGACUGCUGGAAGGGGGUGUGGGUACAAAUACUUGGUGUAAUCUGGUGUAGGUCCUUAGAAUUUGGAGGCCACCAUCUGUGGGUCUUCCCCGAGGUUAUGCUUACAUGACCAGCCAAAAAAAAGCAACCCCCACCCCACCCCUGCCUCAACUUACCAUCUCUUUAUCUCUCCUCCGAGUGCUCCCUGAGGACAGCCAGCCACAGAGAUGUCAGAUUUUUCCCUUCAGCAGCUGGCACAUCAUUGCCCGUCACACUCCUGUGCUUUGCAGCAGGAUGGGGACGCAAGCGGUGGCAAUGGUGCAUGCCCUAACCUGCAAGUGUUCAGCCCCUAGAACUCAUAGGACUGGAACUUUGUUGUUGUCAUUUUACACUCUAUAAAAGGCAACCAUAAGCUGGCUGUUGCCUCAGACCACUCCAUGUAUUGCACAGGCAGCUGCCAAACAGUGCAUCUGCCAGCUCGGGUACAAAAACAGGCACCUUGUUCCACGUUAAUGCUGAGAUAUCUCAUAUAACAAACACACCUGCAGAGGAAUUCUCUUUAACCAUUCUUCCUGCAAUGGUAGGCUUUGUCCUGUGAUGACUGCCCUUAGAUUAAAGAAGUACAGAAAACAAGACUAAAAGAAUAUUAUGGGUAUUUGCUGGGCUUGCACUGGAGUAUUCUUUUAGUUCAAUAGCGCCUUCACUCACAGUUCUUGGACGUAUAUGUACAACUUAGCAGAAGCAUUAUGAUGUAAUUUAAUUCAAGUGUUUCUGUGUCUUAAGCAUUUAAAUAUAAUUAAAGUAUUUACAUGAAA